AUGGUGUCAGCCCAGGAGGAGGAAGAGCAGGGGCUGGAGGAGGAAGGAGGGACCACAGAUGAAGAGGAGGCUGCUGUGGAGGAUGAGGGGGUGCUGGGGGAGCCUGAGGCAGAGAUAGGGUCACCAGAGGACAGGAGGCCAUGCGCCAUGUGGAUGGGAGGGGUACCGGGCAUUCCAGGGCAAGCCGGACAUCCAGGCAAAGAUGGGCGAGAUGGACACGGUGGCCCAAAGGGAGAAAGGGGAGAUGAAGGUGAACCAGGAGAACCAGGAGAGCCCGGUGAGAAUGGGGCAGACGGGCCCCGAGGGCCCAGGGGGGUCCCCGGCAGCCCAGGCCUGAAGGGAGCCCGCGGAGAGAGUGCCCUGGCCCACCACUCCGCCUUCAGUGUGGGCCUUACCAGUGCCGUCCACGCCACCAACGUGCCUGUCCGCUUCAGCAAGUUCUUCCACAACGAGCAGCGCCACUACGAUGACCGCAGCGGGAAAUUUCGCUGCGUUCUCCCAGGAGUCUACUUUUUCACCUACCACAUGACCGUCUACCCAAAUGACGUGAGGGUCAGCCUAUACAAGAAUGACAAACCUGUGAUGUUCACCUACGACCAGUACCAGGAGGGGGACCUGGACCAGGCCUCAGGGGCCGUCAUCCUCAGGCUGACGGCAGGGGACGAGGUCUGGCUGCAGGUCUAUGGGGAGGACAGUGUCGGAGGACUGUAUGCUGACAACAACAACGACUCCACUUUCUCUGGGUUUCUCCUCUAUCCUGAUUUGACCGCUGCUAGACGUCGACGUUGA